ACACACACGCAUACGCACGCACACACACACACACACACACACACACGCGCGCGCACGGAUCUUCCUGCCCGCUAAUCGGGAAUCUUUUUUUCUUACGCGCGCGAGACAAGUCGAGGUGCACGAGACAGCCGGACAAUGCGCACCGGAGAGCAAUUUCUGAGAUUUGCGGCACUGCUCGUGCUGCCGUCCUGUUUCUUGUUCUUUAAUGUGGAUGAGCAGAACGGGAUGUCGUUCAGCGGGCCUAUAGAAGACAUGUUCGGCUACACCGUGCAGCAGUUCGAAAACAACGAGGGGAAAUGGGUUCUGAUUGGUUCUCCUCUGAAGGGACAGCCAGCUAAGCGGACCGGAGACGUCUACAGAUGCCCUGUGGGUCACGGUCAUUCACCCAGCUGUAUAAAAUUAGACCUGCCUGCGCAAACAACAAUCCCAAACAUACAUGAAGUCAAAGAGAACAUGACCAUGGGGACGACGCUGGUGGCCAAUCCGGACGGGAAAGGAUUUCUGGCAUGCGGCCCUCAGUACGGCUACAUGUGCGGAAAUCAGCAGUACAUCGCAGGCAUCUGCUCAAACGUCAGCUCCUCCUUCAAGGUGCUCGACUCCUUUUCUCCGACCAUCCGAGAGUGUCAGCAGGACAUGGAUAUCGUCAUUGUGCUUGACGGAUCAAACAGCAUUUUUCCAUGGAAGCACAUCACGGAAUUUCUGGUGAAGUUUCUGAAAAAGAUCGAAAUCCCUCCAGCCAGGGUGGGUAUCGUGUCAUACGGACAAGACGCCGGCCAUGUUUUCAAUCUCAGCCAGUUCUCCAACACGGAGGACCUCGUCGGUAAUGUAUCCCAUAUCAAACAGAGAGGGGGCUUGAAAACCAUGACAGCGCUGGGAAUCGAUACGGCAAGGAAAGAGGCUUUCACGGCGGAGCGAGGCGCUAGACCAGGGGUCAAGAAAGUCAUGGUGAUUGUGACUGACGGAGAGUCACAUGAUGAUUACAAACUGAAAGACGUUGUCAAAGACUGUGAGAAAGACGGGAUUGAGAGGUUCGCCAUCGCGGUUCUUGGUGAUUAUAACCGCCAAAAUAAAAGCAAAGAGCAAGUGGAUAAAUUCAUCAAUCAAAUCAAGUCCAUUGCGAGCAACAAAACCGACGAUCAUUUCUUCAACGUGGAAGACGAGCGGGCGCUGAUCACCAUCGUCGACUCUCUGGGGAGCAAAAUCUUCGCUUUAGAAGCUACAUCUGGGAAUCACACUUCAUCUUUUGAGAUGGAAAUGUCCCAGUCAGGCUUCAGCGCUCACACAUCAAGAGCAGGUGUCAUGCUCGGUGCGGUGGGAGCGUACGAUUGGAACGGCACCGUGGUGAUGCAGUCGGACAAGAAGUUUGUUGUGCCCAAGAACAACGCCUUUCACAACCCCCUAGUGGAGAGGUACCAAGGCAUGGCCGGAUACAUAGGUUACGACGUGCAGUCAGCAUACACGGCCUCGGGAGUUCUCUACAUCACCGGAGCGCCAAGGUACAACCACACCGGCCGAGUUAUCGUGUACCGAUUCGACGGGGAGAACGUCACGGUUAUGCAGAACCUCGAUGGAAAACAGAUCGGUUCGUACUUCGGCAGCGUUCUCCAGACCCUAGACGUGGACAAUGACUCAUACACAGACCUCCUGCUAGUGGGAGCUCCCAUGUUCAUGGGGCCUGAGAGAGACGAACAGGGACAGGUCUACGUCUACCAGCUCAACAAGGACGGCAUGUUUGAACUCCAGAUGACCUUACGGCCGGUAAACCAGACGUGUACGAGGGAGAAUAAGAACGAGCCGUGCGGCGCUCGCUUCGGUACGGCCAUCGCCGCUGUCCCCGACCUCAACCUGGACGGCUUAAGUGACGUGGUAAUCGGGUCGCCGCUGGAGAACGACCACAAGGGGGCGGUGUACAUUUAUCAGGGCACUGGGCGCACGAUAGGAGAAAAAUACGUCCAGCGUAUAGCUUCCGGAGGUGACGGGGAGAAGAUGAAGUUCUUCGGUCAGUCCAUUCAUGGAAUCAUGGACUUGAACGACGAUGGAAUUAUAGACGUCACUAUUGGAGGAAUUGGAGGAGCUGCGCUGUACUGGUCCCGGGAUGUUGCAGAACUCCAUGCCAACAUGACCUUUGAACCAGCCAGAAUCAACUUGCAACAGCCAACAUGUCAAAUCCACGGCAAGGACAAAGUGUGUGUAAAGACCACCGUGUGUUUCCGAUACAAGAUCAAGAUGGAAAAACAGAUGAACAAGACACUGAUCCACUACACUCUGACUCUUGAUGCUCUGCGCUCCAUUGCGAGAGGAAAAUUUAAAGACACAGAUGAGAGAAAAAUCCAGAAGAACGUCACCAUUAAGAACAUUUUAUGCAACGAGCACUUCUUCUACAUGUCGGACAAAUUAGACUUCAGGGAUCCACUGAUGGUGUCUCUGGAUUUCGGGUUAGUGGAGGUGCCUAAUGGGCCUGUCCUGGAUGGAGCUUUACCAACAUCACUCAAUCGAACGCUUGCUUUAGUAGACUGUGGAAACAAUGAGAAGUGCAUCACUGAUUUACACCUUGAAGCUAAAUCGAACAUCACCAGUCUGAUCAUUAAAGCCUACCAGGAGAAGUUCCACGUCAGCAUCAAAAUCAAAAACAGCGGAGAUAACGCCUACAACACCAAGGUCACCCUCAGCACCACGGAGAACAUCAACUACGUGAAAGUGGAGCCUAAAGAAAAAGAUUGUGAUCUGAACCACACCAAGACCAUAUGUGCUGUAGGAUAUCCGUUCCUCAAAUCCAACGACACGGAAGAUUUCAAGAUUCUCUUCGAGGUCAAUCCGUCUCACGUUCGCAAAGAAAUCGUCAUCAACGUCACGGCGACCACUGAUAGCGAAGAGUCGAAGCUUUCGGACAACUUUGUACAGAUCACUAUCCCGGUGAAAUAUGAAGCCAGCCUGACCUUUACUGCGAAGAUGAACAUGAAGGAGGAUCACAUAUUCUUGAAGGAGGGAGAAACGGCGCCGAGCGUCAUCAACGACACCAGCAUGAUCGGAGAGGAGAUGAAUGUCACCUAUACGAUUGAAAGAGAUGCUUUCAAGCAGAGUCCUCAUCUCGGGCUGACCGUCACGUUUCCCUACAGGACACAGGCAGAGAAUGUCCUGCUCUAUCUGACUCACCUCAGUUUCUCAUCUCAUAUCAUAUGUACAGCUCAUGUUAACCCUCUGAAGAUCAGCCAGACGCACCAAAUCACACGGAAAGCUAAAGCUGAGACACUCAGUAGCUAUCUGGUGAGCUGUGACGAGAAGGCGAACCCCUGCACUUCAUUCAGCUGUUAUAUUCCUUCUGAGAGAUUCAACCAGAUCAACGUCACUUUCCGAGUCUGGAAGCAGACGUUCAUCCAAGGCGAGUUUUCCAGUCUCUUCUUAAUGGUUCACGCGAAACUAGAGAGUAAGGACAAGGCUCUCUUCGAUAUAAGCCAAAACGACAAAAGCAGAGAGGUGCAUGUCCAGAUCUCGAAAGAGUCCCGAAGUGGAAUCCCUCUGUGGAUCAUCAUCCUUAGUAUCCUCAUAGGACUUCUAAUACUGGCACUGGUUAUAUUUUGUCUUUGGAAGUUUGGCUUCUUUAAGAGAAAAUCAGUGGAAGAGAUGAAAGAGGAUAUGAGAGACAGUUAAAGGCUCAAGAUUUCAGGUCUACAGCCUUCCAUACUCCUCAGGUCAAACUCACACUAACUAACCCACAGAGAAGCUACGCAGCUAUGACAGUCUAACAGAAUGGACAAGAAGCACCACCAAUAUCCACCUGAAGAUCUUCAUACAGGAGAUAAAGUCUAGAUUGUUUGGAUUGCCAGGAUGGUUUUAAUACCUUGGAGGUCGUAGCAGUUGGACUUUGGGUGGUUGUCUUAUUCCCACGUAAUGCUUUUUGCCAUAAAAACCCAGCACAGGCACUCCGCAUUAUACCAUUUGAAUGAGCUUAUGAGUCCUCGUACAAAAAAUUUCGAAUUUUCCUAGUAUAAGCACCAGAAGAACCAAUUGACAUCUGGCAUGGAUUUGCAUAGCGUUUUAUACUGUAAAAUGUUAACACGUACCCCUGAAAGCCUCGCCCCCUUUAACUAUCAUGUAAAUAUGUACAUAUGUGUAUAUAUAUAUAUAUAUAUAUAUAUAUAUAUAUAUAUAUAUAUAUAUAUAAAUACACUAUACACCAAUCAGGCAGAACAUUUUGACAUAAUAACAUGAGCGGUGAAGUAAAUAACACUGAUUAUGUCUUGGCACCUGUUAGUCUGUGGGAUACUUUAGGCAGCAAGUAAACAUUUUGUCCUCAAAGUUGACGUGUCAGAAGCAGGAAAAAUGGGCAAGUGUAAGUAUAUGAGGGAGUUUGACAAGGACCAAAUUGUGACGUCUAGACGACUGGGUCAUGCAUCUCCAAAACUGCAGCUCUUUUGUUUAGAGUUUCCUAGUCUGCAGUAAUCAGAAUUUAUCAAAAGUGGUCCAAGGAAGGAACAGUGGUGAACUGGAGACAGGGUCGUGGGCGGCCGAGGCUCAUUGUUGCACGUAGGAAGCGAAGGCUGGACCGUGUGGUCCGAUCCAACAGACGAGUUACUGUAUGUUGCGUGGGGGACCAACUCGAUAUUAGGCAGGUGGCCAUAAUGUUAUGCCUGAUCGGUUUGUGUACAUAAAGGAAAAAAAUAAAAUAAAAUUAUAUAUAUAUAUAUAUAUAUAUAUAUAGAGAGAGAGAGAGAGAGAGAGAGAGAGAUAACACAAAGUGAACCUUUCACCAAAAAGCCUACAACAAAGUGCCAAAUGAAAGGGCUCAGGGCCGAUCCUUGAUGCAGUCCAAGCUUCACCCUGAACCAGUCUGUCAUUCCUACUGCAAAAUAUAACAAGUCAUAUACAGUACAAUAUUUACAAAUAAAGAUGACGUAUUCAGACAGCGUGAGUUUUUUGGUAACCACCUAGCCUUACUUUUUAAUCCACUAGAGAACUUUUCAUGGACUCUGGAAAUCAGCUCACUAAAUUAGCAUAUUAGCAUAGCAUGGUUAGUGACUGAAGAGAAGUCAAGACGGCCAAGAUGUGUAAUAAAAAAAAAUUCCUACAGAGAAGGAAUAAAUGUGUGCAUGCAAAUGUUUCUAGUGUCUACUAGAAAACAAACAGCUAGAAGAUUUCUUCACAAAAUGGUGGUUCCUGAAGAACACAUCACUUCUCAUUGAAGCGUUUUGAGUGCUCAGUCUGGUCUAAUCAUGCCAAUGGAUACCUUUACACCAAUACUCUAAAAAAAAUAGAAAAUCCCACUAAAUCUGAAGAUUCCAUUAUAUCCUUGUCUAUGAGAUUUCACUCGUGAGCUUCUUUAAUGUCGUACAUUCAUGCGCUCCCAGCCACGUUAUUAGAGGCCUUUUUAUGAAUAAAUCUUUUUUUUUCUGUAAAACAUGAAUAAUUUGAGUUAAGUAUAUAGCUAGUUUUGCUUUUUCAAAGCUAUCCGUGUUUUUGGGGCACAUUCCUUUGCAUUUAUGAAGCACCUGACGUGAAGUGCUGAGGGAAUUGACUGAUUUGUACUGUAAAUGUAUAUAAGAGUGAAACUGUAUAUAGAUCGAUGUUUGCAAUAAUACCUGUAUAUGAAUGACUGUCAAAACGAUCGAUUAACCCUAGAUCAGAGUAUUUGGACACUUUUUUUUUCAUGCUACAUUCUGUUGUUGUUUCCUCCUGAAACAACCAAUUAUUAACAUUCUAUGCAGUGUACAUGUUUUCCAAGAUUUAUAUAUAUAUAUUUCCACUUUAUCAUUUUGUAUAGUUUUUCUAUCAUUGUUUCGGCUCUUGUUUCAGACUAAACGCAACAAGUGAACGCUAAUCGGACAGUUUAUUGUGUUAUUUAACACAAACUCAUUAUUUCUUUAUUAAGCUGAGGUAAAGGGGGUGUGUUUUGAUUAAACUGCGAUGUUUGGGACAGAGUUCAUUCCUGUAAAUAAAAUUAGCUAGCUGGCAUAGCACCACCCGCAGGUCACCAGCUGCCUAUGGGUCAUUGCAAUGUUACAUUGCUAACCCAAUAAUCAUUUCUUUCUGUUUAUGUUUUAAUUAUUAUUAUAUAUUAAGACCAAAGAUUGUGCAGAAUUUAAAGGAAAAAAAACGUACAAAAAUUGUGCAAGAGUUAUGUGUGAAGAGUUGGGUUUACGUGAAAAAAAAGACAAAUAUUUAUAAAACAGGCGCAGUAUUUAAUUUAUAUAUUUGUUCCAGGGUUAUAGGUUCGAUCUCGAGCUCAGGUUACUAUCAGUGUCACAUUUAACAUGUCCCCAAUGUGUUUGUAUUGGUUUCCUUUCAUGUUCUCUGGUUUCUUCCCAAUGUUGAAAUACUUGCCUGAUUGGAUGAACAAAAUUGCCGCCAAAUGUGUGUGGGUUGUUUUUUUUUUACUUUGUGACACAAAUAAUAAAUAGUGCUGGAUUAAGUGCUACUUGGCAACUAGUUGGAUCUUUAAUCCUUGUGUGUUAGAACAAAUUCGAUUCCUCUUCAAUCCGAAAAACUAUUUUUCAUUUGGUUUUUAGUGCAUAUUUUUAUCCCGUUUUUUUUUUUCUGUCUUACAGCCUGGUGAUUGGGCUUAAAGGGUGGUGCUGGUCAGAAAAUCGAAUACAAAUCCUUCUUCUACUAAAGCAAAUCAGAAUUUUGAUUUUAGGGUUAUGGCCCUGAAAUAUGAUUUCCAUCAGCCACUAUACCCUAAAAUAUCAUGUCACAUGAUCUCAGCACCUGAAUCCCAUUGUCUUGUAAUAAGCACAUGUAUAUAAGGCCACAAGGGUCGUUAGUAAAGUCAGGUACCGAUGUGGGGUGGGGUGAGAAGGUCAGAACUUUGUAGCAGGAGAUCUUCCACUUCAACCCAUUUAUAGCAUAUCUUCUUUGUUUUGGAACAGGUUUGGGUCUUCUAGUUCAUGUGAAGGGAAGAUUUCAUGGUACCACAAUUCUGUGGUAAAAGUUUGGUGAAGAACCACAUAUGGUUUUAAAAAUCAGGUGUUGCAAUGCUUGUGUCCACACAUGUACAUAUAUAUAUAUAUAUAUGCUAAUAACACAAGAGGUGCUGAGAUUAUGUGAUAUGACAUGAGGGUGCAAUUGUUGAUGGGGAAACACCAUAAAAUGGUCAAAUUUGAAUGUUGAUUAAAGAAGAAUACGGCUUUUGAAUAGCAAUUUUAACAACGGACAUUGUCUCCAAGCAGCUUUAUAAAGCGGUUAUAAAGUCUUAUAUAUCUACAGGAAUUAAGGGGCGUAAUUAAAACCAAAAAAAUGUAAUUUAUGAUUUAGUGUUGCCAGACUAGUGCUUUGUACAAUCCAAUGAUGAGUCUUUUUUCACAAAUCCUGUCUGAUAACGAUAUUCGAAUGGCAAAAUAUAUUCAUGAUUUCAUUAUGCACCUCUAGAUUGUGAAAAAAUGUCCAUCUCUGUCUGCUGUGGGUUUAACUUUCUUUUUGUUGACGCAUUUUCUGUUGAAAUACGUUUGGUUUUCUUAUACAUGAGCUCAUCCCCAUUCGGCAUCAGCACUCCACUGCUGCAAGCACGUGUACUUAAUAAAUAUAUGCACGGCUGAGAGGAAGGAUAGAUUUUUUUAUUGUUUGUUUGUUUGUUUGUUUGUUAGUUUGAAGUCACUGCUGUGAAGUAAGUAAUGCACUGGUUUUGUUAUAUCGUGUAUAUAGUCCUCUCAUUCGCACGGAUUUCAAACGAAUUGCACAUUCUGGAACAGUAUGCACAUGAAAUAAUAAAUACGUUUGUUUUGGGUUUUUUAACAAAACCGUGUUUCUGUGAGAGUAUGUGUGAGAGAGAUGUUUUUUUGUAGUUUUUUAUUUUGUUUGUAUUUCAUUUUAGUUUGAAUGUUAAAUUCCUAAACAUGCAGAAAGAAUAAAAAAUGUUUUCGGACA